AACCGCGUUGCGAAGAAGAAGAUAUGUAAACUAAUAUUUAUCUUCUAAUCACAAACGUCAAACUUUAUUCGAAGGAUUAACCGGUAUCGAGCUCUAUUGUUGGAAAUUUAUUAGAAGCCAUGUCAAUGCACAGGAAUCUCCCCCGCAACAAUCAGGGCACGAGCCAUUCAGACCAUGGAAUGGAUGACCUAAUCACAAUGAAAGCCGGCUACAAGCCCAUAAGGAUUAACCGAGUCGGGUCGCAAUCCUACUACCAGACCAGCUCUUACCGGAAUUCAUUGCUGAAUGCCUCCUACACCUGGCACUUGAUUGACGUCCACCACCGGGGUAUGUACAGCAAAGCAGAUAUCCUGGAUGCAUUCUUCAACAUCAUCGGUGACAGCGAAUUCUACCCAGUCGGAUAUAAGGAAGGGAGAGUGACCGACAUGUUUAUCGUUCGAGGUUGCAAAGAGGCAAUCCAGAAGCUGUUCCACAGGGAGCUAAGUUUGCGGAUGCCGGACCACAAGUUGGUGAAUUUGAACAUUUCCCUCAACGCAGCGCAGUAUUCUUCCGGCCAGAUUUUCCCUCAGAAAGUGCUGGAGAAAAUUGUCGAACGGCAGUUCAAACGCCUGGAAACCACCGACCAGAUAUCGAAUGUUCUCAACUUGCAACAAAUUGGGAACUUCGCGGAAGCGGCAGAUAUCAUAAUCAAUUUAGGGAGUAAACCGGCACUCGAGCUCCUCUGCAAAGUUAUCGCACAAAAUCACAACAUCCUGAACACUAUCAAUGGACUGAAUCUAAUAAAAAAUAAUAUAACGGAUCCUUCCCCUCUAAAAGAGUUUGUCCAUUCCAGCAUCAAAAUGAUAGAUCUCAGACAUAAUAAUAUUCAACACCCCCACCAAUUCAAUGAACUGAAAUGUCUCAACGUUGACGAACUAUAUGUGUCUGGAAACCCUUGCACUACAGAAAUGAAUUAUCUGGAUGAAAUUAAGAAAUAUUUGCCAACAUUAAAGAAGUUGGAUGGCAUCAGUACUGAAAAAAUUAAGCAAACUUCUACUGAUACUAUCGAGAUGAUGUAUCCUGGCGACAUAAUACUGGACGACAGAGACCGCGUCUCUUUCACAAUGUAUCGAACAAGUGAUAUGUGGUGUCAAGUGGUGGUCGAACACAAAGGUAAAUGUACAAAACGGAACAUCCUAAAAGCUAUUUUUGAGAUUGUAGAAGGCGAAUUUUUUCCUUGCUACUAUAAGGCGUCCAGAAUUGAAGACACAUUCUUCGUAAGAUGCUGUCAUGAUCAACUAGAAAGUUUACUGGACGUAGGGUUAGCGCUACGGCUACCAGACUGCGACGAUAUUCCCAUGACAUUAAAAAUGAAUGUAUCUGAUUUUAAAAAAGGCCAUGUCGAGCCCAUGAAGGCUAUCAUAGCCGCUCUGUCAACUCGCUUCAACGUAAUGGACAAAUGUUUGAAUCUAGAGAGCCUUCACACGUCACCAGAAUUGAAAAAUGUGAUUGUGUGCCUAUCUCAUCCUCAUACAUUGGCAACAGUUUUGACGACUGCAAGUCGCCGGUUUCUUGUGAAUCUAGAAGAAAUUCGGCUAGGCAAAAACCGAAUAUCGUCUGUGAAAGCGCUAAAGACAUUAAACUCGGCCAGAAGCAUUAAAAUUUUAGAUCUGAACAAUAAUCUCAUUGAAAACCUCAAAGAUUUCGAAAAUAUCAUAAAAAUUCCAAUUACCGAACUCAAUCUAGAUGGUAACCCACUUUGUAAAAAUUUCAAAACUGCGGGUGACUAUGUGAGGCAAGUGAGAAAGAUAUUUCCGGAAUUGACCAAAUUGGAUGGUUACCCCAUCACUAAGCAAGUGUCAUCUGCUAUGCGCGUCGAACGGAACUUCCUUUGCUCCCUAGAAGCUUAUGGAUUUGUUGACCACUUCAUAAAUCACUAUUUCCCAAUAUUCGAUUCACCGCUAAGAUCUCAACUCAUAGAAAUGUACGAUCGCCGAUGCAUAGUUUCACUAAGUUUCAACUACGACGCAUCCAAACUGAAUUCAUACACUACGGGCCGAACAAGAAAGUACGAAUUGUUGAAUCGAAACUUGCUGGCGGAUCCACUUGUUCCGACACCGAACGUGAUGUAUAAGAAAGAUUCAGUUUUAGACUUCUUCAAAUACUUUCCCGCAUCAGAACACGACCUUUUCAGCUUUACGACUGAUGUCACGAUUUUCACGGAUAAGCUGGUUUGCCUAACUGUAUCUGGUAUUUUUCAAGAACCUGCUACUAUUACUGAUGUUGAAUUUAGACUCGCCUUCACGAGAACGUUUCUUUUCAAACAACACGCAACUGAAUUGGGUAUUUUCAAAAAUACAAAUGAAUACAAGAUUAUCAACGACAUCAUUUUCAUUACUAACCCCACAAAUGAUCAACUGAAGAUGUCCUUCCGAUAUUCCAAACCAAAUAAGACAAAACUCCAAGAACCGACUGUUGAAGAUAAAGAAUAUCUUUUCGUGAUGUUCCAGCGAAUGACAGGUCUCAAAAACAUCUGGUGCACUCGAUGCUUCGAAGAUGCGAAUUGGGAUUUCAAAAAAGCACUAGAGGUUUUCAUCAAAUUAAACCAAGAAAAUCGUAUUCCAGACUCAGCGUUUAGUGAAAGCUAACCGUGGACGAAAUUGAUUUUUCAUAGGAAACUGUAUCUGUCAAUGUUUUGAUAAAGAAUUAAUAAUAUGUGAAUAUUCUGUUA